AUGUCCAUGCUGGCGAUCCUCUUGGGGGCUCUGCUCCUAGGAAGCCAGUCACAUGUGACAUGUGCCCAAAAUGCCACCGAGCCUCCAAAUGUCAUCCGUGGACUGACUGAUGAUACAGACACGCUGAUCACGCUCUGCGUGUUCGCCGUCAUCUGGCUGACCACACUGACGUUUUACUCGUCGCGGCUUUUGGGCUGGGUGGUCACCAAGUUACUCGGCCUCAAUCGCGUGACAGGCGCCACAAAAAAUCCACCCUCCAUCCACAUUGGCUCCAUCUCCUUUUCUAUUAUCUCUGGCAAGAUUGCGUUCAAGAACCUGCGCUUUAUCACACGGGACUUUGGCUUGACCAUCGUGACCGGCGACAUCCGCAUCAGAUAUUGGCGACAGGCCCGUUACGAGCCGGCUGAGACUGCCGAGCGCAAGCGCCUGCUCAUCAAGCUCAAUGGCGUGCGGUACCACGUGUACAAUGGUCAAGUUUCGUAUGGUCUCAUUGCUCAAGCCAUUGAUGAAAUUCGCUUCCGCUACCUGGCUGGCAACCACCGCCUGCCAUCGCACCUGUUUUUCACAGCUAGGACAUGCAAGCUAGUCUAUGGCAUGGCUGAAGAGCGCUUCCAGUGUCCUGCCGACGCAUACACGUGGGGCGUGUAUGGAGACAUGCUCAAACCGCGGGUUAGUGCGGCCAAGCCCCUAAUCGCGCGCUUUCUCUUGCGUACCGUCUGCACCCCUCUCAUCCCAGGCUCUCCUGUAAUUCGCCAGUUGCGUAUCGUGCCCAACGCCUCAUACUUGGACAGCGAUGGAGACGCUUCAAGUGCCACACAGGCCGAAUCUGAUGGCGUACACACGCGGCCAGUCUCAACUAGCGACACGCCACGUGAAGUUGGAACGGAUGGUUACGUGCGCUACAUGCCCACCGCCACAGGCGGAGGCGAGGAAAAGCGCGAUAAAAAAUGGAAAAAGCACCAAGUCUUGUCAACGCGCAUGGUCAAGUUUGGCUACACCAUGACCGAGCCAGGUUUGGUUGCAAACCAGGAGCCUGACCAUCCACCACCAACGUGGCGCCUUGAUCUAGAUUUCGACGAUGAUGUUGACAUUGGCUACCCCGCUAGCUUGAAUCAGCAACGAGCUUUCUUGCAAGAAUUCUUCUACCCAUGGGACUAUCGAGAUCGCAAGGCCACCGUGCCCGAAAAUUCGGAAUGCAUUAUAGCCACCACGUCGUUGCAUUUCUUCCCCAUGCUGAUCGAAAGCGCCGAUCAGAUUGCCAUCAAGAAAUGGUUUGAGGAGCUGGCGGGACAACCGACUCGUGAUAGCGAGUCGGACUUUAUACCUUCCCACACCAACGUCCGCGUUAUGGCUCGCGAUACACAUCUACUGUGGGUCGUAAACAAGAACAACUCAAUUCCGAUUCCAGUGUCCAUGCAGCCAAAGUAUCUGUUGCUGCCUCCCAAAGAGCGACCUCGCCACAACGAAUAUUUGGACAUGUGCAGCCCUUUACUCGAAGUGACCUUUGCCAUCAAUUUUGAUGAGUUUGCGCCCGUCAUGGCCGAGUCCGUCUACGACAUCCAUGCACCACAGGGCCUCAAGUAUGGCAUGGCUUGGCAAAGCGCCUCAUGCAACGCGUGUGCUUCGUCGACCCACGGCUCGCAGGCUGACUUGCUUCUUCCCGCGGACCAUGAGCUCUCACACUGCAUGGAAGAUGUGGCCAGCCAGUCACGCUUGGUGCUAGACAAUCUGAAAUUGUCCAUCGGUACCACUUUCCACUAUAUUGCUGGUGACGACUUGCAAGAUAGUGUGCGUGUGUCCGUGCGGACGUCUCGCGCCAGUGGCGCCCUGACGGGAGUGAUGGUGCCACGGUACGUCUCCAAAUCACAUGCCACUGAAUUGUCAAAGCAGCCCUACGCUGGAUCGCAUCGCUCACGGGCCAUUGUAACAUGGAUACCGGUGAGUAGGCUUCAUGCUUGGUAUCGCAACUACUUUGAUCUUCAAUGGCUCGUGACCAAGGCUGAACGCGCUGAUGGCGGUUACAGUUACAGUGCCCAUCGCCCGAUCUUGUCAAAUGCGGAUCUUGGCAACGAUUUUUGCUUCGUGUUGGAUGUAGAAAUUGGUGCCAUGGAUGUGCGAAUGCCCAGCACGCUGCAUGCUCGCUGGCCGUCAGAUCCAUCAUUGGUGAUUCAGCAUGGACAUUGCGGCAUUCAUACCAACCCACAGAAUGUCAGUAUCGAGUUUUUGUUUGAUGCUUGUGAAAUUCGUUUCCCAGGCAGCAUAUCAAGUCGAGCUCUUGCUCUUGGUCAGAUCAAGGCCACACUGGACUCUGUAUAUGGGUCUACGGCGGAGAGGCAAUUGUAUGCCGACAACUUCAGCAUUGACAUGGCGAGUGUUGCUGGUCGGCUCUCACGGGACGACUUGGAAAUCCUGGGCGCUACGCUGAGCAGCUUUUUGUACCAUUGCAAUGAUUUUUAUCAUGAGGAAGAAAGCAUGGAGGUGGCCUUGCAAUCGUCAACUGCCGCGGUCGUCUCGGCUGAUAAUGCCAUGACGCUAGAGGGAUCACAGCACGAGCUGCACUCGGAGAAUUCGCCACUGGCAGACUUGUCUGCCACAAAAGAAGCCGGGUCUAACACAAUCAUCCACCGUCCUGCCCGUGAGCGUAGCCGACCCGGGCGAAAGAUUGGCCGCACACUCACCAGCAAUUCGACGCGAUCCUCGGAUUUUGACCAUCGCCACGCCGAAUCACAAACCCUGGAGGCAUCUCAGGACAACGAAGCGCUCAAAGAGCUGGGCGCGCUGGGCAAGGCACCGCCGGUCUUUGUUCUCCGGGCACAACUGAGUAAAUUGGUUGUCGAUUUGACUCCAGACUCUGACUCCUUUACGCGCAUCGAGAUUCCUCUGAUUCAGUUGUCGUACGACACUUUGGUUCGGACCGACUCGCAUUCUCUCCUGCAUGUGCACUGCAGCGAUCUCCUGGCCCGUUCUUUUGUGUCAGGCGGUCUGAAUGAUCCUCAAAUCCAGCACGUGCGUGCGUUGUUGCACUGCGACGCCACGGAUUGGAUUGAGGUUGCUGCCUUCCACACAGGGUUUGUUGUGCGUCAAGCGCACGCGCGCCCUCGCGUGGUUGAUAACGAGCACCGACUGCAACGUCAGUUCCUGCUGGAGCAGGACGGCACCACUCAUCAACUCAAGCGCUGGUUCUUCAUGGACGAUGAGGCCCAUUAUGACAACGACAACCACGCAUGUCUUACCCCUCUGCGUUCAUCCGAUAGCGAGCUCGACUCGGAUGUCGAUAUCGAUCGAUUGGCCCGCAGCCUCGACUGCCGUGGGGCUCGCGUGUCGUUCAAUGGCCAAGGCGCACUCGAACCAGAUUGGCAGCCUGAGAUCCGCAUUGACCGAAUUGAAGAAUUCAACGCACGUCAAGAUAAGCCUCGCGGUUUGUCUCGACCAUCACAGCCCGGAAUGCCUCGCGUUCAGUCGGCCCCGAAGGGGCUCUCUCUCUUGCAAGACACCAAUGGCCCCGCAGCUCUGCAAAGGCGCCGGUCAGCGCCAAGUGUACGCGGGCCUGCUGCUGGUAGCCAGUACAGCGCUUGGCCCUCACGUGGGCUGGCCGCCGUAUCGGGCUUGCCAGAUGUGCCGGAGCUUCGAGCGGAAGCGGAUGUUUCGGGCGAAGACGGCAGCGGCUCUUCGGGAGCAGUUAAGCAGCGCCAGGCGUUUGCUUCGCGCUACUCCUCUGCUCUCUCACCAAUCUCAGCCAGUCUUGAGGAACCGCAGACCGAAACAAAGGAGCAGCAAACUGUCAGGGAUGUCGAGCAAGCUGCAGCCAAAUCGGCAAGCAAUGUGCCGAUGGCUUCCCUCUCAGCAUCGCCAGCCGAGCUCGAUCCGGAUGAGGAUUCACAUACAGACAAUUCCCUCGCGCCAAUUCCUGAAGCCCGUCCUCCACCCACCACUGGGCAACGCCGGCAGCUGUCCAGCGCCGCACGGAAUUUGAAAAAGCACCUGCCAAUUUCGCUUGUGCUCUCGAGUUCGGAUGACGAUGAAGAGCUGCAGCAAACUCAACCCGCGGCAGGCUCGGUCGAUUCUGGACCCUUGCAGGCUCGACAGGCGCGACCCUCAACUGCCGCGGACGAAUUCGUUUCGGCCUCAUCUGGGUCCAGCGACUCAAAUGCGAGUGAAGCGUCAGAGGACAGCUUUGCAUCUGCCCGGUCCGACAACCUUGCCGCUUCUACUGGGGCAGAUAUCUUGAAGGGAGAGCUCAUGCGCCUGCCAGCAUCAUCUGACGGCGCCCUCGUCCAUGGCGUUGAAAGGAUCCCGAGCCGCUCACCCGUUGCAUCAAGUCAUGCGCGGGCUCACUCUUCCAAUGGAAUCGCAGAAGAUGAUACUGAAAGCUCGUCAAGUGGUCGCACCCAGCCAACAGCAUCACGUGCGACCCCAUUGCUUCCAUCACCUUUCCCAUCAGCUGAUCAGCGUGCCUCCGAGACGGCCAAGACUGCAGAGCAGGCGCACCCCUUGCAGCCCCUUGCCACUCGCCCACGGGUUGUUUCUACCACGACUCCUCGUGCUCUUGGUGGUGAGCCAAGCAUGCGGUCUACGUCCCUUUCCUCUAAUUUGUCACCCCGGCACGAUCAUCAAGCAGCUUCAAGAACACAUUCUGGAUCCCUUUGGUCCACGCAGUCCUCAUCAUCGGAUUCAAGUUCAGCGAGUGAUGAGGCCUCUGAUUCGGAUGAUGGGUCUGUCGUGGACAGGGCCCCCGUGUUUUCUCCAUCAGAUGCUUCUGUGGGCCAGCCAGAGCAGUCCGGACUGCAGGGUCGACUGCAUUCCUACUUAGACCUCCAGGUGCCCGUUCCAGAGGAGGAGUCUGACACGGGCACGCCCAGUGCGCGGUCGUUUUCGCCAGAAACGGAGGCAAAUCUUGCAAGCGCCUCGUGUUUAUUGCAAGGCGAUGUGGAAAUGGGCUCCGUACAGCGGGAGUCCAUGGGCGAAGCCAGCGUGGCGAAUCUGGCUUCGUAUCUUUCUGUGUACGAGGUAGUGGGUGAUGAUGGUAGCUCAACACUACGAAUGAAGGUUUGUGACACGUUCCAGCCGCUAGUCCGACGAGCUUUGGUCUGCUGGACGUCUGACGCCAGCGUGUUGCCGCUUCAUAAACAGAUGCAGCCCAGCGUGUCUCUGAGCGCCGUUUCCCAUCAAUUCCAAGCCGUCAGUGAAGAUGAGGAUCCGCACCUAUUUGUCACUGACAACAGCUUUGAUGAGUGUACUUCAGCCUCAGUCCGCUUUAGUCAAAGCGUGCAGCUGGUCUUGACUCCGUUGCUGCUACCGUCUCUCCAGCGACGGCAUGGCAAUGUGUCAGUGGACUCAACAGCAGAUGAUGCAAACAGCCCUGGUCGUGCCACGUCUGCUGCCGGUAGCGGUUUGGACGAGUCAGCGCGGGCACUUGUCACCCAGAAUUGUGUCAAGGUGUUGCUUGCACGAUUGAACCUGCGCUUUCUCCAGACUUGUACCGUAGCCGAGGAGCUCACCCUACCCAUCCGUCUGGGAAAGGCCCCCAUACUGAGCCACGAGCGAGUCAGUGGCGUGUCUGAGUUUCAGCUGCUGCUGCAGGAUGUGGAUGUGGCCGUCAGCACGUCGCAGCUAAGGCCAGAUGCUUCCAGCACAACAUGCUCAGCAUUGAUUGGUAAUUUGGGUUUCAAUGUCAACUGCACGCCCAAUCUUGCACCAAAGUCCUUGGUCCUAUCUCAGGGCCUAGUCGAGCGUGCACAGCGGCUGCACAGCUGCAACGACUCCAUUGACCCAGCCUCCAUUGACCAAACUCGGGGUCGCUUGCAUUUAGCCCACGCCUCUAUCACCAACAUGCGCUUUUCCUUGAUCGUUGACCAUGAGCACCGUCCCGACUACGCAUCGGAUGAUUUGCUGCGAAACUUUUUGCUGCAAAAGGCCACCACCGUCCGUGCCAGUCUCAUUUUACCGCAGUUUGGCCUGGCAGCAGUGCCCCAUUCCUUCUCGAUCACCAUCUGCUCGGUAUCAGAACUCAUUAAAGACAUUAACGAAGCGCAAGAAGCUCUUUCCCAAAGCAUGCAGCGUGCUCAACACCUGCGGGGUGCCAUUUUCUUUCGCUUCUUGAAAAAUGGCAGCUUGUUUCUCAAGAAUCCAAAAGUCAAUCUCCAGCCCGUCUUGCGUCGAGAUUUGAAUCACAUGCUGAUGAUUCUUUUCGCUCAAGUUGUGAAGAAAUGGCCUUCCGUGCACAGUCAAGGCAACAACGUUUGGCAAGAUUCACUGCACUUUGCGGCACAGCUACCAGAUGACUACGUGACAAAGAGGAGCGAGAUUCCUGCCUUUUAUUGCCAAGGUGAAACAACGGAUGUGUAUGAGCGCAUCGCACAGCUGAUCGGCUUUGAUUCUCUCAAGAAGAUCUCGCACGCGCACGACUUGAUGGGUGCGCAAAUCCAAUUUGAUGUUAGCCUGGCAACUUCAGCGAUCCACUUGGCACUUUUUGACCCAAGCUCCACCUACUCAGCGGCCCAUCCUUCAACUUACGGCUUGGGCAAGGUUUGCAUCCAUGCCAAGGGGGAUGUGUCCUCGCAAGUUAACGGAGCGGGUGACGCGGACCCUUCAGCCGACCUUUCUCAUGUUGUCAUUACUCAAGUCAAGUCCAGCUUGGUUUGCACCAGCACGCGCGUGGAGAUGAAAUCGUCAGAUGCAGUAUUGCGAAUGGGACAACACAUGCAUGCCACCACGCUCUUCCUGACCCGGAAGCCGCAUCACCGACCUACUAAACAGGCCAGCACAGAAAGCCCCCGCCCAGUUCGGCCUCGAGACUUGGGAGCAGCAGCCCGCGCCAAGGCGCAAUCCCUGCAGAGCCAACCCCACCUGCACUCCAGUCGGCGUCACAUGUUACGAGACUUGUCCGAGAACAGCGUUUUUGAGACAUCAAAUGACUUGUCUCCCUUUGAGGCCACGGGCGCGUCGCUUGGUCCACACGUGGAUGUUGAGCCCGGUUCUGCUUCACGAAAGCGAAGCCGCCGUCGCAUCUCGACCAGCAAAGGCCAUUUGCGUUCUGCUACAAGCGUCAACAGCUCUGCUCGUCUAGUUGAAGCGCUUGAUGGGCGCGAGAGUCCCGAAACCCUGAUGGCUGACCCUCAAACAGCUCAUCUGCAGGGCUUCCGCUGGGCAUUUCAGCACAAUCUCAAUCUGGUGUGCACCGGUUCGCUUCAUGUGGAGGGGGCCGUGAUUGAGUCCAUCCCACGCCCGAACCUCAAAGUGUUGCUGGAAGCCAAGGACCUGGCCUUGUUGCUUGGGAUCGAGGGCCACGCAGUGCAGCGCAGUGGCGCCACACAAGUCUUUGUUGAUGCCGUCAAUGCGACGGCAACACUACAAGAAAUCAACAUGCUGUGUCAACAAGCAAACGAUGCCAGCGGCUCGAUAUCGCCUCGUCCUUCCAUGUCGAUGCCUGCUGGUGCCGCCAACACGCGCGCCAACACGCGGCGCGUUCGCAGUAGCUUGGGUGUUAUAGGACAGACAACCAAUCCUUAUGUUCAGAGAAAAGGGGGUGGGCCGCAGGUCCGCGCGCGUGCUGCACGGCGACGGGCGGCCCUGCAUUUGGCACGGCGCGGUGAUUCGCCCUUUUCUCGCCAGGCGUCGCACCACGGAUCUCACUUCUCGCAGCAGGUGAUGCCUCAUGCCACGUGGGCCAACAUGGUGACAUUCAACCUCAAACCAGCUUCGCUCCAUGUUCGACACCGCCCAGCGUCCAGCGGCGUGUGUCUCGAGUAUAACGGCGCAGAGCUAUCUCUGAUGGGGGAUCCGACGGCAUUGGCCGAGGCUAUCAACCACUGGAACGCCAUCGCCGCGUAUAUGGCGUUGCUGCCCCAAGCAACGGAUGAGGGUGAUGCAUCCGAGGCUGGCAUCCACAUGGCCACACCACGCGUCAUUGGUUCGUCACGCCGAACAAGUUCAGCCAAGCAUUUGGUCUCGCUGCGCGUCAACUUGAAGGACACGAGCCUGGCCAUUUUGGACGGUGCAGUCAUGGAGCUGAGCUACGCCAUCCCUUGCAUUGAGGUCAUCGCAUCGGCACCGGUUCAGGAGUCACUGUCUGACUGUCACGUCGAAUUGACUGUGGCCGAGCAGCUGUUGAAGAGUAAACAGCAAGGACUGGAGCCCCUUCUUUUCAGCGUUCCAGCCGUGUCUACGGCUUGCGCAGUCACAAGUUGCGAACGGGAUUGCGACCCCAAGUUUUUGGCUGCCCGGCUGGAUCACAGCCACGGCAUCCUUGUGGGCCGGGCUAAGGGUGAGGCGGAUCGGGCAAAUUCGAGCAUGUCACUCUGGGCUGCGCAGGCUGGGCGCACGCUUGCCCCGCCCCGGCGAGUGCAUCAUGCCAAGAUUCGUCUUCGCGUGCAUGCCAUGCAUGUGCACAUGGAUAUGAACGCGCUCAACCACAUGCUAUCCCUGCAACAGGUAUAUUCGCGUAAGGUGGACAUAAUCUCGAGCGCAGUGAGUAAGCUGGAACGGCCCCUUUCGGCUGUGAGCGAGGCAUCGCUUCUGUCUCCAUCUGCAGCGCGCUUUGAUUCUGAGCCCAGCACUUCCUUGCUGGUGGAUGCGCAUGUGACGGCAGCUCGCCUUUGCUUUGGCGUCGGCGCCUCAUCCAGCGCGGCCAUGGUCGAGCUUCGCUCCCUAGUCGCCUCUGCAACCUUUCAUCAAGCUUUCCAAGGUCUGAAUGUAUCGUGCGAGCCGCGCUUACAAGUCGUGGAUUUAGCCGCCGGCCACCGCUCGCCGGCUGAGCUGUUGGCGUCGCUGGAUACAACAGCACCCGGCGCCCUGCGCGCUUCAGCGGAGCUGGAAGUGGUUGGCUAUCUAAAUAAUGCUCACGGCAUGCACAUGGUCACCAACUCACGCACCGUCAGCGCCGCAACCACCGACAGCACCACGGACGCGCGGUUUGGCAUUGUCAUUCAAGUCAACGCACCCUCCAUCUACAUGCCACCCUCUCUGAUCAAACCCUUGGUGCGAUUGGGGAUCGAGGCAAAAGCGUCCGCCGAGGAUUUUCAGAAACGUGUUGCUGGUGCCAAGACGCACUGGCGUUCGGGGGAAAGUCUCCGUCGAGUGACGGUGGCUCGUUCGCGCAGUCUCUUUUCUAUUCGCAUUGCGGUCAAAAACGCAAGCUGCCGCGUGCCGCUUACAAUGAGAUUCAACUCGCACGAUCAAUCCGUGCAAUUUAUUGUAGGUUUGCGUCUCAUCUGUGUCGACGCACAUGAUACCAACAAUAGCGAGAGCUUUUUUGCCAUCCCCAAAUUGACAACGCGCUUGACGUAUGCUGCCCGCCCGCCGGCAACUCAGCACGAGUCGGGUAUCGAAAUUCGCGGCGUCAUGAACGUAUCCACGCGGUCGGCUGGCGCUACAGAUAUUCUCGAGCUGCGCUAUACUCGGCGAUCUCUGGAUCUGGUGCUGGCUGUGGCUGAGAAUUUCAAAUCGGAGUAUCGCAAGUGUGUGGAUGAUGAACGUCAGCAGCUGGAGGCCUUUGUGACUGUGCUGGACGAUCCGCGCAACUCAACAAGCGUUGAGGACCAUAGCACACCCGUGGUCGGGGCCGAGUCUGCCAUCUAUAUGUUUGAUCUCAAGGCUAGCGAUGGCCGGCCGAUUGAGUUUAGCUUUCACACGAGCGUGGAUGGCAUUUGCUUAAUCUUUUCCUGCGAACCGGACAGCCCGAUUGAGGGCCGCGUGCAACUGCCGGCUAUGGACAUUGGUAUUUCGUCGUCUCGAUCCUCCACCAAGCUGGCUCAGGCGCGGGAGCGGGGCGUAUUUGUGUCCUUGGAUGCCAGCCGUGUCUCCCUGUACGUUUAUCAUCCGUACUCAACGCUCAACAGCAUCAACGAGAACGAAGCCGAGGAACAAUUCCUUGCCGAAUCAGCAGUUGCCCUCUCCGUGACGGGGCUGCAUUUCCAUGGCUCUCGCAAAAUAUUAAAACAGAGCGCCGGCGAGGUUCGACGCCACUUUGCCGCAGCCUUGGACGUGGACGACGUGCAUGUGAAUUAUGAUGUUACCAAGUUGCGAGACAUUGUGCAGUUUAAGCGAGCCUGGUUCAACGCCAAGGUGUUCAAGGUCUUCCAAAGCCGAGACGAGACCGAGCGAGAGACUGGGUACACGGGGUCGACGGCCCCUGGACCCGAGUCAUACGGUGUAGGUCCCGUGAGCACCAUUCAAUCGCGCAAUUCAACGCGACGUACAGCGGCGGCGCACUCCGCCAAGCACGCGCUCGCGGUGCCUCGGCUCGCGGUCGACAAGGACACGAGUAGCGGAUCAGGUGCAUCAGCGGUCAUGACCGAGGACGCCAGCAUGAGCUUUGCAUCCAGCGAACACGAUGAAAGUGAUCUUGCCACCCAUUUCGACCUGUCAGGGGAGGAGGGCGAGCAAUCAGACGAUGAGGAGGAGGAGCGCUCGUUCGUCUCCGGUACAACCAGCAACGAUCCUCUGCCGGCCACACACGUGCACAUACUCAUGGCCAUUACGAAAACACGUGUGGUCAUCAACCUGGAUAAGUUGCUUGGGCCCAUGUCCCUGGCUAUGGAUGACUUUGCCACGCGGUACAGUGCGGCGGAGGUCCCGGAUGCAGCGCGCACCAUUUUGCUGCCGGUUGUGCAUUUGUCACGGUCUUCCUGUCGGCGUCUGGCUCUAGAUACGUUGUCCACCACUUCAAUUUUGCGCGCGCACAUGGAGUGCUCUGGGUUGUCGACUGGUUAUUUGCGUCGGCAGCAACUUCUAGACUCACUCAAGACGCAACUGGCGACCGAAUUCCAGGUGAACGCAGACCUCCUUCAAGCGCGCAUGUUUUACCACCAUCCGCUCGUAGCUGUCGUCGAUAUUGCCAAGUUGCGCGCGGUGGCCAGCGAUAUUUAUCAUCCGGUGUUGGGUGAGACCAGUCUGCGGCAGGAUGCGCAUUGUCGAAUCGACUCGGAGCACUUGCGCCUGUACAUGUCUCAGGAUACCCUGCCAGCCUUUGUGUCAUUGGGGCAAUGGCUGCAGGACACGUUGGAACAGCAACGGCAGCAGUUUGCGGAGGUGCUAGAAAAGACCGAUUUGGUGGAAGGCCUAUCGGAUGAAGCAGACGGUCAGGGGCAGGCGUUGUUCGACAAUGGCUUGCCCAUUGUGCCUUGCAUCAACGGCACCGUGCACGUCGCUGGCGAUGAGCUGCUGGUGGUUUGCUUUGGCAACAGCUUUUUGGAUCGCGACAUGUUGCAAGUUGGCAUCAAAGAUUACGUGUACACCUUUAAGCAAGAGGCAUGCAACAGUGAGGCCGACGUGCAAUACACGAAGCAGACGUCUGCCUUGAAGAUUGGCCAUGCGGACGAAGAGGGGCACCUCAUGGUGCGGCUGGCCUCACGUCCUGCAUCCGAGCGCGUGCACCAGGACAUGUUGCCCUUGGAGUGUUACAGCAUCGCCAUGAUCAAGGCAACCAAUCUGCAGUACAUUUUCGACUAUCCCAAGUGUGACAUCCAUGCCAUCAGCAACGUGCACUUUGAUGGCAACCGCUUGGUAGAAGGCUUGUUCGCGGUCGUGCCGUACAAGGCCGUGUAUGUUAACGUCGAUCCUGCGGUUUACCUCAAGCUGCGGCAGGUGAUAUCCAUGUACACAAGCCGUUACAGCAGCCGCUUGCAACGUGCGGCUGGGGCGCUGACGACCGAGGCCAUGACAGCGCACGCCGAUGACUGGAGCUUUGUCUGCUUGACGUGGGCAGAGGCGCCCGAGGAGUUGCAGCAACUGGCACGGCGAAGGACGGGCAAUGAAGGCGGGGCAGCCUCCUUUGCCAAGCAUGGAUCGUGGUGCGCCUUUGAGUUGGACUUUACAAUGAAGCAGGUCUUGCCGACCAAUUGGUUCUUGAAUAGCCUGAUUCGCGAGCCCCACGACGACAUCAACCGGUUUAUGGCGGUGCACGUUCAUGCGCAGGCGGGACAUGUUGUGAAUCAACUGGCUCAAAUGUUGGCCAGCUUGUCGCGCAAUGACACGCGUCGGGCAUCGGCAGUCAGCCGCGAUUAG